AUGGCAGAUGACCGCCGGGCUCACACGCUUAGAGGUCGAGCGCUGAAACUGACGGUGCCUGCGGCAGCAGCAGCAGCUGCGUUCUUCCCAAACGGUGUGCAGUUGCAGCUGGCAUUCUCUGGUCAUACCGAGGUGCCGAAAAGUUCUUCGGCAGGCUUGAGCAACACAGCUCUGCGCGCUGGGCCGGACCUUGGCUCUACCUACAUCGAGCCUUGCAAGGUGGACGGAAGCAUCGCGUGGGCUCGCAUCAAUGAGGUGUGCCAAAACUUGCGCAGCUACAAGAACCUGCCGAACUUUCAGCACCGACCAGCAGUUGAGAAUCCUGGCUUAGUCUGGUGGUUUCUGCGAGACCGACGUCUGGAUGUCAAGGAGGCCACUGAGAAGCUUGUGAAGUGUUUGCGCUGGCGACAAAGGUUCCGAGUGGAAUACCUUGGUCCAGAUAUGUUUCUAAAGGAGAUGCGUGCUGGUAAGGGUUAUGUGCACCGCCAUCCAGACGUUGUCGGUCGUCCGGUGAUCGUAGCUAUUGCCCGACGGCAUAACGUCUUUGAUCGAAGCUUGUUGGAAAGCUCGCGGAUGUGCACCUGGAUGCUGGAGACAGCCAUGAAGCAGCUGCAUACGCUGGAGCCACCUCCGGAAGGGACCAAGCCAAGAGCUCCUGAAACUUCCAAGCCUGAGCAGGCGCUUGGCAUCUUUGACCUACGCGACUUCUCGCCGUUACAAGCUGACUUGGAGGUUGCUGGGUUCUUGAUCGAAGCCCUCUACAACUACUACCCGGGACGCACGGGGAAGGUAUUGCUGGUGGGAGCUCCAGACUUGUUCCGGACAUUCUGGGAGAGCAUCAAACCGCUUCUUGGAAGAUAUUCCAGCCUGGCGGACUUUGUUUCGGUAGAGGAGCUGAGACAACACUACUUCAAGCCUGGCUUAGAGCCGCCGGAGUUUGCACCGCCAGACACACGUGGCCGACAAGUCGUGCGUAGCGCUCGUUUUCUGGGAUAUUUUCGAAGUUCUACAAAGAGGGGCAUGGCUGGUGGCAUGGCUGCUGCUGCCUUCUCUGGUGCAUCUGCUUUUGUGGUAGCAUGCGGUCUUCGCCGCCGUCGCCAGGUCUUAGCACGAACAGUACGGUCGGCGUUACACAGCUCCCCAACAGGUCUGGGCACGUGCCACAUUGAACGUCCCCUUGAUGUAGAUGCAGAAACGGUCGACGAACACAUACGACAGCUACAGCGGCAUAUUCCUGACAUGCUCAAAUUCAGGGGGAGGCCGGCUGCUCAAAACCGAGCUCUGCUGUGGUGGUUUUUGCGAGAUCGACAGUUGAAUGUCGCGGAAGCGGCAUCCAAAUUACGGAAGUGUCUGCAGUGGCGCAAGGAGUUCGGCGUUGAACGCCUUGGCCCGGAGCUGUUUAUCAAGGAAAUGCGUUCUCGCAAAGCUUACUUGCAUGCUCACCGUGACAUCGCCGGGAGACCGGUGUUGGUUGUCAUCGCGCGCCGACACAACAUCCUCGAACGCCGCUUCAAAGAAAGCUGCAGCAUGUGCACAUGGUACAUGGAGCAAUUACUGGAAAGGCUGAGCAUUAUGGAGCCUUCGGAGUCCUCGGAAUCUUCAAGCGACCGAGUUGAGCAGGCAUUGGCCAUUGUGGAUUUGAGUGGCUUCACUCCGCUGCAAGCAGACUUGGAGUUUGUUUGUUUCAUGAUUGACGUCAUACACAAUUACUAUCCGCGGCGGUUAGCGCGGAUUCUGCUUGUUGAUGCUCCGGAUCUGUUUGAAUCGUUUUGGAAGAGCAUCUGCCCCUUGCUGCACCAUUACAAGGACCUGGCUACAUUCGCAACUGCUAGAGAGGUGGGCCGCCGGUACUUCUCCUGCCCUGAGAAGGUUCCACCUGAGCUGCUGAAGAGUUACCGGGUCUGA